GGUUAUUAACUCUUUCUCUGCCAGAGUUACAUUACAACAAUUCUCUUUGAUUCCCAGCAGAAGCGUUGAAUCCCUUCGCUUUCUUCCCUGAUCCAUUCCUUUUUAGGGAUCCCAUUAUAUAUCGUCAUUGUUUCAGCAAAGAGAGAAUAUUGCUUCUGCUUUCUUAUUGGAGGCUUUGAUGCUAUGUGUACACACCCAAGUGUUCUUGUAUAGCAGUAUCCUUUAGGUGGUGGUAAAGGAUCGAAUCCAGCUAUUAAGAAGAGAUUUUCGUAGGCGGUUGAAGAGCUGAAAACUAGUCAACUUUGCUCCACAGAACCUUCUAGGAAGCCACCUCACUAGACAGUAAAAGCCAGUGGUAAAAAAACAUGCUUCUGUAGAAGGGAGUAUUAUAUAGCAAUAAUAACAAGGAUAUGGCUUUUCAUUCUGAGGACGACAAGAGUGAAGACUACCUCUUUAAGAUUGUUCUAAUAGGUGAUUCUGCAGUCGGGAAAUCAAACUUGCUCGCAAGAUUUGCUAGGGAUGAGUUCUAUCCCAACUCAAAGUCGACCAUUGGAGUGGAGUUUCAGACGCAGAAGAUGGAUAUCAACGGGAAGGAGAUCAAAGCACAGAUAUGGGACACUGCAGGUCAAGAACGUUUCAGAGCAGUCACUUCUGCUUAUUACAGAGGUGCUGUUGGAGCUCUUCUUGUUUACGACAUCAGCAGGCAGCAGACUUUUCAGAGCAUCGGUAGAUGGCUCAACGAGCUUCACACACACUCUGACAUGAACGUUGUGACUAUCUUGGUGGGGAACAAGUCGGAUCUGAAGGACAUAAGGGAAGUGCCAACAUCGGAAGGGAAAGCGUUAGCGGAAGCGCAGGGGCUUUUCUUUAUGGAGACAUCGGCUCUGGACUCGUCAAAUGUUGCAGCUGCGUUCGAGACGGUUGUGAAGGAGAUAUACAACAUAUUGAGCAGGAAAGUGAUGAGCUCACAGGAGUUGAACAAGCAAGAUCCUGCCUCACUCAGCAAUGGCAAGAAAGUUGUGAUUCCAUCUGAGGAACAGGGAGAGUCCAAGAAAGGUGGUUGUUGUUCUACGUGAUUAGACAAACUAUUAUUUGUUUGAUUGUUUCUCUUGUCCAUGCUGCCAUGAAUGAAUGUUGAAAAAUGAUGUGCUCUCUGUGUUUAGGUGUAGUAAUCUGUAAAUGUUCCAUUGCAGAAGCUUCGUGAAACUUUAAACUGCUCUCUAUCAAGUUUACCACCUUUUGUUGUUGUUAA